AUGGGAGACAGCCACCCCCAGAUUCUAGUGCCCUCCCGUCCAUCGGUCGUGGAUGUCGUCCAGCUCCGCCAGGUGGAAUUUCCUCUACCGGCCGCUGACGAAGCAUGGCAUCGUCAGGGCAUACCCCAGCCAUGCCGACUGGACCUCCGACUCUUCUUCUCUUCCAUCGCAGCCUCAGCAGAUUCAGAUGAUGUCGGCCUGACUCUCGAUUACGGCCGCCUCUAUCGCCAGCUCAAGGCUAACAUUGAGCGCGCACAAGACGCUCAAUCCCCCAUUUCCGCCCUGGCCCKGCGCCUCCAAGGCAUGGACGGGACGUCUCUGGAAGAACGGUUGCUGCCCAACAAGCAAGAUCUUCGUCUCACGGCAGGAGUUCUGGCGGUUUCGGGGCUCGAGCUUCUCCUGGAAUGUGCGACCGGUACUGGUGAGCAGACGGGAUUGGCGCCGCCCAUUCGGUCGGACUUUGGCCAGUGUGAGGUCCUCCUGUGCCUCCCUAAGGCCGUUCUCCGCGCCAACGAAGGCCUUCGCUACCGUAGCAUGGUCUCGCUCGUCCAGAACGGACCCGAGUUCGUGGUCCUGGAGGAGGAGGUCCAGAUCAAUGGAAUCCAAUGCCACUGCGUCGUUGGGAUCAACCCGCACGAGCGGCGGGAGAAACAGGCGGUGAUGAUCAACCUGAUCUUUAUGGGGCCGAGCAACGGCCAGUGGGUAUCUACCGUCCUGGAUACCUAUCAAGAGAUGACCCGAGUGGUGACCGAGGAGGUGGAGGCUUCGUCAUUUGGCAGCGUGGAGGCUCUCGCGACCCUCGUGGCCAAAGUUGUCACGGUUGACUUUGGAAAUGAGACGGUGACAGUGCGGUUGGAGAAAUCCCACGCUCUCGCAUUUGUUGGGGGGUCUGGACUGGAAAUUACGCGAUCCAAGCGCUUCUUCGAAGGAGGCAGCGAGUUUUAG